CUGUAAAGAUAGAACCCUUGGUAAACUCUGCCAGCUUAGGGUUUGUUUUAUUUCGUUUAACCUUUCGGUCUGGAGUCAAAAUUGUUGCAAAAACUUUUUGUUUUAUGUUUUGCAAAUUAUGAGUUUCCCUAAGAACUUGGAGAAGGCAGCCAAUGGCCGAUCUCCCGUGGCCUUCUAUCAGUAUAUUGCGGAUCCUGGCAACGAGGAGCAACCCAGUCUUUUGCGAAUCAAGCAACACCAACGACCACCGCCCAAGGAGCUGAAGCAGCAAUUGGAUCAGCGCCAGAAGGCGGUGGAAGAGAGACGCGGCUUGUUGCAGGAGGAGAAGGUCCAAAAGCUAUCCGUCCGGCUGGCCCGAGUGGCACUAAUCACGGAUCGCCACCAACGACAGACGACGAGCAGCUGGAAAGAUGCCCAGAAGACCUUUACCCGCGACAUGGACGAGCAUGUGCGUCGGCGCACGGAGCAGAUCUCGUUGCGUCUGAGAGACCUCACCAGUCACAAUAUGGCGGUGCGGGAGCGAAGGGAUGCGGUCAUGCGGGAAAGGUAUCUCCAAAAACUGGAUCGCAUUUACGAGUCCAGAAAUCCCAAAACGAUUUCAAGAGUUUUUCGAAGCACUUAGUUUGGAAAAGCCAAAUUUUAAACUAUUCUAAAUGUAAAAUCAAUCUUUUGGUAGCAAAAUUUAAAGUAAUCUAAAUUAAAGAAAAAUCUUUUGUUUGCUACAAGAAAUUAUACAAAACAGGGACCAUGGCGAAUAAAAAUAUGCUUACAAAAAUGUUUAAAGAUCAUAAA